GGCGCCGUCGGGCUGUCGAACCUGGGCAACACGUGCUUCAUGAACUCGAUGCUCCAGCUCCAGUGCCUGAGCCACACGCACCCGCUCACGAACUAUUUUUUGGAGGACGACGGCAACAACCGGCCGACCUUCCUCGACGAGAUCAACGAGGACAAUCCCCUGGGCGCCGGCGGCCAGAUCGCCCGGGCCUACGCCGACUUCGUGCGCGACGUCUGGAGCGGCAAGUUCGCCGUCGUCGUGCCGACGGCGCUGAAGCGGUCCAUCGGCACGCACGCGCCCCAGUUCAGCGGCUACCAGCAGCAGGACAGCCAGGAGCUCAUGAACUACGUAUUAGACGGCCUCCACGAGGACCUGAACCGCAUCAAGCGCAAGCCCUACACGGAGACGCUCGAGUCGAACGGCCGGCCCGACGCCGAGGUGUCGCGCGAGUCGUGGAGCCGGUUCCAGAUGCGCAACAAGAGCGUCAUCGUCGACACGUGCUACGGCCAGCUCAAGAGCCACAUCACCUGCCCGAACUGCAACCACGAGUCCAUCACCUUCGACCCCUACCUGAGCCUCUCGUUGCCGCUGCCGGCGGCGAAGACGCGCCGCGUCGCCGUGACGCUGCUCAAGCUGCCCCUGGGCACGCGGCCGCUGAAGCUGGUCGUCGCCGUGCCCGCGCGCGAGACCGUGGGCGCGCUGAAGGACGCGCUCGUGGCGCUGGCCUACGGCGCGGACGCGCGGAGCGGCGGCGAUCUGGAUCUGUGCGACGUCUGGGGCCACCGCGUCUACCGGACGUUCGCGGACGCGUUCUCCGUGGAGCACAUCAAGCCCAACGAUGAAUUGGUUGCCUUCGAGCUGGACCGCCGGGGCGCCAACGGCAAGCCCAAGGGCCGCACGGUGGACGUGCUCUUCGGCAAGGUCGCGGCGGCUAGAGGUUCCGGGUCCGCGUUCCGCGCGCCGGGCGCGGCGGGCGCGGGCCCGGCGAAGCAGUACGAGCUCUUCGGCUUGCCGCUGCGCGUCGCCGUGAACGACGAGGCGACGUGCGGGGACCUGCGGGCCAAGGUCGCGGCGCACUGCGCGCGGUUCGUCGCGUCGGGCGACGGCGACGCGUACCGGUGCUGCGCGUCCACGGCGUCGGGCACGCGCUUCGAGAGCGACCUGGGCGCCGAGGCCGAAGCGCUGCCGUCGACGGUGCAGACCGUGACUUUGGAGUGGUCCGACGAGGAUCUGGCGGGCCGCGUCGACGCGUCGGAGCGCGACGCCGUCGACGACCACGCGUCCGCGCGGCGCCGCGACGACGACGGCGGCCGCGGCGCGGCGUCCAUCGACGUGCUCGACUGCUUCCGGAAGCUCGCGGAGCGCGAGCAGCUCGGCGAGACGGAGCAGUGGUACUGCGCCAAGUGCAAGCAGCACUCGCGCGCGUUCAAGAAAUUGGACCUCUGGUCGGUGCCGGACGUGCUCAUCCUCCACCUCAAGCGCUUCCAGUACGCGCAGAACACCUACUUCGUGCACCGCCAGAAGCUCGACGACCUCGUGAGCUUCCCCCUGCGGGACCUGGACCUGAGCUCCCAGGUGCUCGGCGCCAAGGACGACCCGCGCGGCUGCCUCUACGACCUCUACGCGGUCUCGGAGCACAGCGGCGGCCUCGGCGGCGGCCACUACACGGCCACGGCCAUCGACGACGCGACCCAGGUCUGGUACCACUAUAACGACUCGCUCGUCUCGCGCGCGGACCCGAGCACGGUCGUCUCCAGCCAGGCCUACGUCCUCUUCUACAAACGAAAAGCCGCGGCCAGGGCCUAGGCCCCGCGCCGCGAGCGAGUCGACCCGCCCGCGCGCGACCGGCGCGCGCGCGGACCCGCGUCGAACACCGCCCGCGCGGGCGCGGACCACACCGCGCGCCCCGCGGGCGCCCUCUUGGCGCGGCCUCGGGCGACGCCCCGCUUCUCGGGGGUCGCCACGCGUUUUCACAUAACCUCACUACGCCGCU